CCUAAUCAAUUUGUUGUUAGCCCCAUUCAUCCUCCAGUUGAAAUCUGCAAUUCAGUUUCGUUCGAACUUCCAAUCCAUUCGCACAUCAGUAGCGGUACGCCGCGGACACUAAUUCCCCCUUAGUCGAACAAAAAUGUCUUUUAUAAACGAAAGAAGAAAAACUAACGAAAAUUUUAUAAAAACAACCGACAAAUAUUCAAAAUAUUUCCAAAAAUUCAGCUAUCAAAUCGGUAAAAGUUGCUGGAAAAACGGAUAUUCGUGGAUGAUGUGGUUUUUGUUAUUUUUAUGUUGUUUUCCGGUAGGUUUAGGAUUAGUGCAUAAUCGGAGGGUGGUACAGGGUGCUCCUUGGGUGGGACAAGAUUUUUACACGUAUCCUCAUCCAGGACAAGUGCCUAUUAUGGCCAGAGACGUAAUGGUAGAUGUUGUAAAUAACUUAGGAAUGAAGCUACUGGCAAUCCACAACGAAAACAACGAAGAUAACAUUGCCAUAUCGCCCUACGGGGCUCUUAGUAUCCUAGUAGCACUAGGAGAAGGUAUCCAAGGUGAAGCAGUACGAGAACUUCAAAAAUCAGCUCAUAUCCCAAACGAUAUUUCAGUUAUUAGAAUCGGUUUAAGAGAUAUCCACCGUCAUCUUAAGAGUUAUUUCAUACCUCCAGAAGGAUUUUUAGCUGGUUUAACACUUAACCACGAAAACGUUACUUUAAAACCGGAAUACGAAGACAUUUUACACUUUUACGGAUUCGAUAUUAUGUCUUUCAACAACGCCCUCUAUCCUAAUCCACCUACAACUCAAAAACCGAUUGCGAGUACUACAGAUGAUGGAAUUACCAAAUCUACAGAUGCAACGGAUCAAUCUACAACUUCUCCAACUACUUUAGAUUCAUCUACUAUCUCAACACCAAUAAGUACUACAGAACUUCCUAUGAACGAUAUUAUCCCAAAUAUUCCGGAAAUUACCACUACCAGCAUAGAAAGUACUACCAUUGAAGAUAUUUUAUCUAAUACCGAUAGUUCGGUACUUACUACAGAAAGUAUAAGUACGACAAAAAAUACUUUGACAUCAACUAAACUCACAACUAACGAAGGAAGUACGAUAAUAAAUGAACCUACUACAAUAAGUACUACAGAAGAUAUUACCAAUAGUGAGUACACACCACCUGCAGAUUCAACAAUACCUACAACAGAAAUACCAAUUACAGAAAUAAAAUAUACAGAAACAACUGGAAAUACAAACGUAAAGACUACAGAAUCAACUGUAACUACAGAAGUAAAAGCUACGGAAUCAGCUGUAACUACAGAAGUAAAGUAUACAGAAUCAGCUGUAACUACACAAUCAAUUGUUGAUGAAAUGCCUACUACAGAAGUGAAAUAUACAGAAUCGGCUACAGAAAUAGCGACUACAGAAUCAAUUGUUAGUGAAAUGCCUAUAACAGAAUCAGUUUUAACUACGGACGUAGAGACUACAGAAUCAAUUGUUAGUGAAAUGCCUACAACAGGAUCAGCUUUAAAUACGAACGUAGAGACUACAGAAUCAAUUGUUAGUGAAAUGCCUACAACAGGAUCAACUUUAAAUACGAACGUAGAGACUACAGAAUCAAUUGUUAGUGGAAUGCCUACUACAGAAUCAGCUUUAACUACGGACGUAGAGACUACAGAAUCAAUUGUUAGUGAAACGCCAACAACAGGAUCAGCUUUAACUACAGACGUAGAGACUACAGAAUCAAUUGUUAGUGAAACGCCUACUACAGAAUCAGCUUUAACUACGGACGUAGAGACUACAGAAUCAAUUGUUAGUGAAACGCCAACAACAGGAUCAGCUUUAACUACGGACGUAGAGACUACAGAAUCAAUUGUUAGUGAAAUGCCUACAACAGGAUCAGCUUUAAAUACGAACGUAGAGACUACAGAAUCAAUUGUUAGUGAAACGCCAACAACAGGAUCAGCUUUAACUACGGACGUAGAGACUACAGAAUCAAUUGUUAAUGAAAUGCCUACAACAGGAUCAGCUUUAACUACGGAAAUAGAGGCUACAGAAUCAAUUUUGACCGCUACAGUAAUUAUAACCACAGAAUCAAGUGGAAGUGAAACUACGGAUUCACAAUCUACAGAUCUAGUUGUAACUGAUGUAAUUAUUAGAGAUGCCCCGACAGAAUCUCUAACAAGCACAAAAGAUACGAUUUUAGAAUCAUCUUCAACUGAAGUACCUGCUGAUUCUGUAAGAGGACCAGAAGUUAUGACAGAAAUAAACGAGGCUGUUAAAAGAAAUACUAGAUCUAAGGAUAUGAUGAUAAAAUUGAAUAGUCCUAAUAGAAAACCGGACGCGACGAAGCCGCUUUCUUUAGCUAACAAUAAAAGUAGACAAAGAAGAUCUAAACGUGCUUAUAAUAUUAAAUCGAAUAACAGAAAAUCGAGAUCUGUAGUAGAUUACAUGAUAGCCAAAUACUAUGACAGCUACCGUCCACAACAUACUACGCAUCGAGUACCUUAUAUACCCCAAACCCAACCAAGUUUUUUGGUUCAAGGGAAGUAUAGGGAAUAUCAGGUUCAAUUCAUGAAAUACGAUACAUGGUUGCCGUUUUUCUACGUUUCGCAUUUGAAAGCUCUAGCUUUGAGUUUCCCACUAGACAGUCCCCGAUAUUAUUUAUUAUUGUUACUGCCAGUCCAAGUGAACGGUGUAGAUCAGCUCAUUUACGAAUUGAGGUUGAACGGAAGCUUCAAGUAUAUUAUAGAUAAUUUGAGAUACAGACAUGUCACCGCCGUUAUACCUAGUUUCCUAUUAAAAGGAUACGUCAAUUUGACACCUACGUUUCAGAAGCUGGGAAUAAGAAAAGUAUUUGAACCAGGACAAGCCGAUUUUUCACCUAUGACGGAUUUUAAAGGAGUAUACAUUACAAACAUAGAACAGGCUAUAACAGUGAAUAUAAAACAUUAUAUGGAUCCAGGCAUCUUCGGAAACAACAGACAGUAUCGCCAAGAAGUCCCUAUUGAAUUUCGAGCUGAUCAUCCAUUCCUCUACUUCGUUGUAGACGCUGAACUUCACGUUCUUUUGAUGGCAGGAAAAGUAGUGAACCCACUCAACACAAGAAUUACAUAGUUAUCAAUAAAUGCUUAUUAUUAUUUUAACGUAAACAUUAUGUAAAUAAUUAUGAUUCCCAAACA